AUGUCAAACACGACUAGGAAGAACACGAACACCGAAAACUUCAAUGAGAUGAUGAGGAGAUCAAGCAAUAGGCUAAGAGGUGGUUCAGUCCCUCCGCCCGAUUCAGAUAUUGUAGUGCCGACUCCGGCAAUUGCGAGUCGCCGUGGACGUGGUAGAGGACGCGGACGUGAGAAUUGUCCUACUUCAAACAGAAAUCGUAAUCAGUCAUCAUUUACUCCAGUGGUUAGGUUGACCGUUCCGGGGGAAGAACAAGCUGCAACUGAACCGGCCAUGAACACAUCAACUGGUGUACCACCAAAUAGUCAAGACCCACCAGAAGCAACGGGUACAUCAGUCUUACAUUCGGGAGGCUUGCUGUCUAGAGAUGAUGUGAAUUUUGGCCAAAAUACACGUUCCCCUACACGCAGAAACACGGUCACUAUGGCAGGCGACAGUCCUCCGCGUGGUUUUCAUUCUUGGUUGAAAGCCAACGGUUACACGGUAGUUAGCAAGACACCUUCUGACCAACCUGCUCUUAACGGGAUCAACGCCACAAUCAACAAAGUCGUCACACCGUCGCAAACUGUUCAGACGCCCAGUGUAACCCAUCAGGUGUCAAAAGAGAAGACAUCAACUAGGAAAGCCCCAAUUCAGGUCAAUUUAACCAAGGAUGAUGAUGUAUCGAAAUCCACCGAAAAGAAAAAGGUCAAAGUCAGCGAUGCUGGUAUAGAGGUCAAUGGAUUAGUGGUGUUAUCUCCUUACUUUGACGCAAAAAUGAAACCGUUUGAAGGGUAUAUACCAUUAUCGAUCUUCAAUCCGCAAUGGUUGAGAUUAGACUUAGUCCGACAAUCUCAAAGAGUUAAAAAGAAGAAAGAUAGUGAUGACGACCGUUACAACGGUCUAGAAAUUCCUGACGAGUGGAGAAUGAAUUUUGAUGUCGCGGACAAAUUUGUGAUUCAUAAGGAAAACGUCAUGGCCAUCAAGCAAGAAUGUUCCUCUGAAAUUAUGGCAUUUUGCUACGACCAGGCUAUCAGAUCGACAGUAAUGACUUUCAAAAACGCGGAUGGCAAACUAGCUAAUCCGGCUAUCAGAGAUGAGAACCAAGAAUGUGACGCUAGACUCGAAACGGAGGGUCUAGGAGAUUUCCAACCACGUUUUCAGAGCGACAAUCCGUAUGCCGAAGGUCAGCCAAAGGCAAACAUCCAUCCAAUCACAGGCGAGUACCAAGCUUUCAGUAAUCACAAGCAGUAUUCAAACACCAAUACCAACGCCAAUCAAGCUACUGACUAUGGCAAGCCAAACGCUUGUUCUUGGCUGUUUGCCAACCCUUCUAUGAAGGUCCGAGUGGCUCGGGUUACCAACACUUUGAGGAGAGAAGGAGUGAAGGUCGGAAUGUGA